UGACAAGCUAAGGUCAAAGGGCUUGGUAAUUGGACUUCCUUCUAUCAAGUUCCUAAAUGAAAAAGUUUGUGAAGCUUGUAUAAAAGGAAAGCAAGUUCGAUCAUCUUUCAAAUCUGUAAAAUAGGAGCGUUGUUUAGCAGUUCACAAAUUUAAUCCAAACCUAAUCAUUUAACCCAAAUAUCACUUGACUUAAUCCGAUACAACCCAUGCUGACCCUAUAAUCAAUGUUUAUUAAAAUUAUAAAAACAUUUUUUUUAUAAUAAAGUUAAAAAAAAAAAAAAAAAAAAUUUGAACCAAAAUGAUCAAAGUCCAAAAUCAACUCCAUCUAGUCGUGGAAAUUCCAAUGAUAACCCCUACUUUUUAUUUAGUUUCGAUGACCCUAAGUUUUUAAAUUAUUGAAAACCUCUAAUUAUUAAUCAGUAAUUAAACGUGACAUUAGUAAGUAAAAAUAAAUAAAUAAAUAAGUUAAAUCACAAUUAACCCCCGUCCUCCCCCUCUGUCCCAGUUUCCUAUUGAGGCGCCUACAGAUAUUUCUAUCCUCCAUUAAAACAGCUAAUGAGGUCGGAUAUAAAGGUUGAUGACUUAUGGUGCGGAAACAUUGCGGAAAAUGAUGUUAGUGAUGAAGAGAUUGAUCCAGAAGAGCUCGAAAGGCGAAUGUGGAAGGAUCGAAUCAAGCUCAAGAGAAUGAAGGAGAGGGAGAAGCUGGAGGUCCAGCAGGCUGCUGAGGAGAAAAAGCCUAAGACGAGUGAUCAAGGUAGGAGGAAGAAAAUGUCUCGAGCACAAGAUGGGAUUUUGAAGUAUAUGUUGAAGUUGAUGGAGGUAUGCAAAGCACGAGGAUUUGUGUAUGGGAUAAUUCCGGAGAAGGGAAAGCCGGUUAGUGGUGCAUCUGAUAAUAUAAGAGCAUGGUGGAAGGAGAAGGUCAAAUUUGAUAAGGAUGGUCCUGCUGCUAUAGAUAAGUAUGAAGCUGAUUGUUUGGCAAUGAGUGAAGGAGCUGAUAAUGGAAAUGGAAAUGGUCAAAAUGCUCUGCAGGAUUUGCAAGACGCUACUUUAAUGUCGCUGUUGUCAUCGUUGAUGCAGCAUUGUAAUCCUCCUCAGAGAAAAUUUCCUCUAGAGAAAGGCGUGCCUCCACCGUGGUGGCCUUCUGGCAAUGAAGAAUGGUGGUCAAAGCUGAGUUUGCCAAAGGGUCAGAGCCCUCCAUAUAAGAAACCACAUGAUCUAAAGAAGAUGUGGAAAGUUGGGGUUUUGACUGCUGUGAUCAAGCACAUGUCUCCUGAUAUUGCAAAAAUCAGAAGGCUUGUGAGGAAAUCUAAAUGCUUACAAGACAAGAUGACUGCCAAGGAGAGUUCAAUUUGGUUAGGGGUUUUAAGCUGGGAGGAGUCCUUUAUCCGGCAGCCUUGCAGCGAUAAUGGAAUAUCGGGUACUACAGGGAGUCCACCGGGCUCACAUGGUGAAGAGAGGAAACAUGCUGCUUGUAGUGAUAGUGAUUAUGACGUUGAUGGCAUUGAUAAAGGUGCAGGAUCUGUUUCUUCUAAAGAUGAAAGGACAAAUCAACAAAGUGAUGCAGAAACAAUGGGUGAAAUCGUGAUCAAUAACCGCUCUUCUGUCAGGAGUAAGAACCCUGUUGAGAAACAAAAUAAGAGAAAAAGAUCUCGUGGAAAAGCAAGCUCAGUUGAUCAGCAAACCACCCCUUAUAUGGAUGAUCAACAGGUGGCACCUAUUGAUCCGCAGUUGGCACCUACUGAUCAGCAAGCUGCACCAUCUACAAAAGAGAAUUUGGUGAGUGAACCUGCAAGACCCGGUCUUGUGUCUAACUUGAACCAUAAUAAUGCAGGUUUGAAUGAUUUCCAGAUGCAUAAUAACCAGCAGGAGAAUGGCUCGAUAUUUGUCGAACCCUUGCCGUCUUUGGACAGUGAUAUAUUGGGGCAAUUCCAUCCUCCAGCCUCUGAUUAUAGUCAAUUUAGUCACUUUUCCAAUGUACAUCCUCCCAAUUUUAUGUCUGGACAUAACAUGUUUGUUGGAGGCCAAUCGUUCCACCAUCCGACUGUACAAGGUGCUGAGUUGCAACAGAGUAAUACUUAUUAUCCAUCAAUUCAAUAUGGGCAAAGACUUGACAAGCAGCGAUUGCAGCAUACCAUUAGUGAACCCCAAACAAAGCAAGAAGCUGUUGGAAUACAUCCUCCAUCCCUUAACACAACCGAGAAUGAUAUAGGCCACUUGCACCAUUACGGUGUUGAUGCAUUCCAGGAAAAGAAUCGACCCUUUGAUAGUCAUCUUGGAUCUCCCUUUAAUGGCCUUUCUGUAGAUUUUGAUCAAUUUGAUACUACUUUCUCUGGAAUUGAGGGCUUUGGUUUAGAUGAGGAUUACUUAGCUGGUGACGACCUUGACAUCUUGCAAUACUGUGGAGCUUAGAGUGGCGGAGUGGGUUUUUUUCGCAGCUAAUAUUGCAGCACUCCAAGCAAGCUGAAUUAGGGAUGAGCUGGAUAGUUGUCAGCUUGAUAGUCCAUCAAGUUUUAAGUUACUAGACUAGUUUAAUUCAUUUAUCCCAACAACAGUACAAUGAUCAGUUCUUGAGGAUUUGACAUUAUGUAAUUGAUAUGUUUGGAUUGAAUAGAAUUUGUAUAUUUGGUUUGGUUGAUCUUAAUCUUCUCAUUACGAGGCAUUGAAA